CCUUGUUUUCUGUUCGUCACCAGCGCGGCGGCCCAUUAUAGCUGCUCUGGGGGCUUCUUCCUGCAUAGGUGUCCUCCUAUUCUGGGAACAUGUCGACUGCUAUGAAUUUUGGAAACAAGUCGUUCACACCCCGACCACCCGACAAAGGGGCAUUUCCUCUAGAUCACUUGGGGGAAUGUAAAAAAUUCAAAGAAGUAUUUAUGGAGUGCUUGAAAGACAACAGGUACGACAGCUCCAUGUGCCGGAUGCAGUCGAAAAACUACCUGGAGUGUCGGAUGGAGAGGCAGCUGAUGGCCAAGGAACCGUUGCAGAAGCUCGGUUUUAAAGACCUGCUGAACCAGUCCGGUGAAGAUCCCAAACACUGAAGGGACACAGCGAUGGACGCUCCAAUGGAUACGCAGGGCUCAUGUGCUGUUAAUAAAUACAUCACAAGGCUACAGUAACCGCAAAAACAAAGUGAUCGUCAGUGAAUAACGGUUUUGUAUAUAAUGUACAUUUAACAUGUAAAAUAAAUUUAUUACACUUUGUAAA